UUCACAAAAUUACUCGCUCGUCUGUUAAAAUUGUGCAAAAGUCCAAAAGAAAAACCCCCAAAUGUUCCCUUUUUUCUACUAAAAUUCUAUUUUUAUAAAAUAAAAAAUACAAAUAAAUGUGUGAAAAAUCGAAAUCAAUCAAAUUGAAACGUUAGAAAAGGCGUUUUUGAGUAAAUAACAUCAAUUAAAUGAAUUAACCAACAAAAUUUUCAAGUGUGUAUCCGAGGAGAAGGCCCUUCUUUCACAACAAACAUGGAUAUCGAAUUGAAUGGCCCAACAACAGAAAUUCUUACAAACGGAAACAAAGAAUCGGAUCCAGCAUCAUUAAGCAACCCAGACGAAGCUGACGACGACGAUAACAAAAAAAUCCCUGUAACAACAAAGGAAUUGGAAUUGAGACCAUUAGUAACAAGUUGUGAAGCAGUGGGGGCGGUGGCGUUGACAGCGGAGAAUGGAGAACGUAAAACGAUGGACUAUGACUGUGCCGAAUCGACAGGUCUCCUUUCCACCACCAACAGCUCCACAGUACGAUUACCAAUAGUUGGUAUGACUUGCCAAUCAUGUGUUCGCAACAUAGAAUCCACAAUAUCCACAAAACCAGGUAUCCUGAAAACACAAGUAAUUCUCAACGAAAAUGCCGGCUACUUUGACUACGAACCCAGUCGAAUAAAUCCCGAACAAAUUGCCUUCGAAAUUGAAGAAAUGGGUUUCGAAUGUCCCUACCCAAGCAGUAAUCCUUCAACCAUCAAAUCAACCCCGAUUACACGAAUUCGUGUAAUUGGCAUGACUUGUAAUAGUUGCGUACGAAAUAUCGAGGGAAACAUCGGCACUCGGCCGGGAAUUGUUUCAAUAAAGGUGAGUCUAGACGAGAAACGUGCCACAGUCGAGUAUGACAGUACAAUACUAAAACCUCCAGAAAUAGCCGAAAUGAUCGAUGACAUGGGCUUUGAAGCGUCCGUGGAAGACGAUGACGGUGGGGGCGAAGUAGCACAAUCAGGAGAGACCAUCAAGAAGACUGACAAAUCACCGAAACGUGAUAAGAACAAAGCUGGUGGUGAUGCACUCGUGAUAUACGAUGAUCUACCAAAUGGCAAAGGCAAACUCAACGGUGGAGCGUUGAAUGUCGAAAUGGAACAGCAUCUGACCAAAUGUAUGGUCCACAUACAGGGUAUGACCUGUGCCAGUUGUGUGGCCGCCAUCGAGAAGCACUGCAAGAAGAUCUAUGGAGUAGACAGCAUCCUGGUGGCACUCCUGGCCGCCAAGGCAGAGGUAAAGUUCAAUGCAAACGUUAUAACUGCCGAGAAUAUAGCCAAGUCAAUUACCGAACUCGGCUUCCCGACGAGUGUCAUUGAGGAGCCUGGUUCUGGGGAAGCCGAAGUUGAAAUAGAAAUCCUUGGAAUGACCUGCUCAUCGUGUGUAAAUAAAAUCGAACAAACGGUGCUAAGGACAAAAGGCAUUACUCAUGCCGCUGUCGCUUUGACCACAAAGCGAGGAAAGUUUCGUUACAACUCAGAAGAGACCGGAGCUCGAAAUAUCUGCGAAACCAUUCAAGCAUUGGGUUUCGACGCCCAUCUGCUGUCGAACAAAGACAAGAUGGCCCACAGCUAUCUGGAGCACAAGGAAGAGAUCCGAAAAUGGAGGAAUGCGUUCCUAAUUUCGCUGCUCUUUGGAGGACCUUGUAUGGUCGCUAUGGUCUAUUUUAUGGUAGAGAUGGAGAUUCAUGGACACGACACUAUGUGUUGCAUUGUCAAUGGUCUUUCCAUGGAGAAUCUCGUUAUGUUUCUCCUCUCAACGCCAGUGCAGUUCUUUGGAGGCUGGCACUUCUAUGUGCAGGCCUAUCGGGCGGUGAAGCACGGAACUACCAACAUGGAUGUCCUCAUAACUAUGGCGACGACGAUAAGUUACAUUUACUCUGUGGCUGUUGUGAUAGCUGCCAUUUUGUUGGAACAACGGUCGUCUCCGUUGACGUUCUUCGACACUCCCCCAAUGUUGCUGAUAUUCAUAUCCCUCGGUCGAUGGUUGGAACACAUUGCGAAGGGAAAAACUAGUGAAGCUCUGUCGAAAUUGUUGUCGCUUAAAGCCACCGAAGCAUUACUCGUUGAAAUCUCUGAAGAAUUUGAGGUUCUAUCGGAAAAGUUGAUUUCAGUGGACUAUGUCCAACGAGGUGACAUUCUCAAAGUAGUUCCAGGAUCAAAAGUACCCGUAGACGGGAAGGUCCUUUAUGGACAUUCAACCUGUGACGAAAGUCUCAUCACGGGCGAGUCAAUGCCUGUGGCGAAAAAGAAGGGAGCUGUAGUGAUUGGAGGAUCCAUCAAUCAGAAUGGAGUUCUAUUCAUUACGGCGACACAUACGGGUGAGAACACAACUCUGGCGCAAAUUGUUCGUCUUGUAGAAGAAGCCCAGACCUCUAAGGCACCCAUUCAACAGCUAGCUGACAAAAUUGCAGGCUAUUUCGUGCCAUUUGUGGUGGCUGUGUCGACAAUCACUCUCAUCGGUUGGAUUAUAACUGGGUAUCUUGAUAUAUCCAAGCUCCCCAUCCCAGACCACAACAAGGAAGGAUUGAAUGAGAAUGAGAUCAUAAUUGGUUAUGCAUUUAGGUGCGCCUUGAGUGUCCUGGCAAUUGCUUGUCCGUGUGCUCUUGGUUUGGCAACUCCAACUGCCGUCAUGGUUGCUACUGGAGUUGGAGCUACAAAUGGUGUAUUGGUCAAAGGAGCUGGACCACUAGAAAAUGCUCAUAAGGUCAAGACAAUUGUAUUUGACAAAACAGGAACCAUUACCCAUGGAACUCCAAUGACCUCAAGAAUCAUAAUGUUUGUCAAACCAACUGUGUGUAAUCUGGCUCGAAUGUUGACAAUUGUAGGAGCCGCCGAAACCAACAGUGAACAUCCUUUAGCAUCAGCUAUUGUUAAAUUCGUGAAGGACAUGUUAAAUGUAGAGCAAUUUGGUAAGUCGAGUAAUUUUCAAUCGGUUCCUGGUUGUGGGAUCAAAUCCACGGUCUCAAAUUACGAACAAGGACUUAAAGAUGCCUCAAACUCAGAGAAGAUCAUCAAUUAUGAGAAUUCUUAUCGAACUAGUGCCAUGGCUGUGCACAUGGUAAAUGGAGUCUCCAUCGAGGAAGUCAUCCCAUCAUUGAAUACCAUUCAAAAGAACACCCUUGAACUUCAACAUCUUUUGGAAUUCGACGACGCUGUCGGAGAUGCUGAAUCAGCUGUCAAACCAAUUGUUGGCAAUGAAAUCGCUGUGUUGAUAGGAAAUCGUGAAUGGAUGCAUCGCAAUGGAAUCUUGGUUCCCGCCGAAAUUCAUGCGAAAAUGACCGAAGAAGAAAACGUUGGCAAUACAGCCGUUCUCUGUGCUUUGAACAAUCAGCUGAUUUGUAUGAUUUCCGUAUCGGAUAUGGUCAAACCAGAAGCACAUCUUGCCGUCUAUACAUUGAAAAAGAUGGGAAUUGAAGUGAUUCUCCUUACGGGAGAUAAUAAAAACACAGCAGUGAACAUAGCCCACCAAGUAGGAAUCACAAGAGUCUAUGCAGAAGUUCUUCCAUCUCAUAAGGUUGCCAAGAUUCAGAGACUUCAAGAGGGCGGAAUACGAGUGGCUAUGGUUGGGGAUGGUGUAAAUGAUAGCCCUGCUCUUGCGCAAGCUGAUGUUGGAAUUGCGAUAGCUGCUGGCACAGAUGUCGCAGCUGAAGCUGCUGAUGUGGUUUUAAUGAGGAAUGAUUUGCUAGACGUCGUUGCUUGUUUGGAUCUGUCUCGAAAAACAGUGAGACGCAUUCGACUUAAUUUUCUCUUUGCCAGCAUGUACAAUCUCUUGGGUAUACCUUUGGCAGCUGGAGUUUUUACAACAUUCGGUCUGAUUCUUCAGCCUUGGAUGGCUUCCGUCGCGAUGGCUGCGAGUUCGGUUUCGGUUGUGUGUUCGUCAUUGUUAAUUAAAAUGUAUAAGAAACCAACAGCGGCAUCAUUACAAACUGCUGAAUACUUAAGGCUUAUUAGUGAAACCGAUAGAGAACCAGACAACGUUUCAGUACAUAGAGGUCUUGAGGAUAUUCCAAGACCGAACCUUAGUCGAUCGAAUAGCUCAACAUUGUCAAGAUUAUUCUGUCGAUCAAGUAAAAUCGAUCCAAAUGAAGACCGCCUACUCUCGGGAAAUCCAGAGGACGAAGAUGGAUUUUUACGUGUCAAAAUUGUCAAAGGCAAGACAGAAAAAGACGUCACAGAAAUGCAAAAACUGUAGAUUUUUAAUUAUACAUUUUUGUACCGGAAUUAGAUUUGUGAAUUGAUUAUUUUAUUGAAUUUAACAUUAAGAUAAUGUGUCCAUUAAUUGGUAUUUAGAAAGAGAGGUGUCUUUAUAAAAUGAAGUUUGUUAAUAGUUCUAUUUUUUCCGAUCGUGAUAUUUAACUUUAAAAAUGUAAAAACAAAUGUAUACAUGUACAUUAUUCUAACAUAGCUGCAUUAUUCUAUUAUUAUCCUAUCCAACCCAUUUAUUGCAUUUUGUUUUGUAUUCCUUGGAAACUAUUUUAAGUUUAUGGUUCAAUUUUGAAAAGUACUUAAAAAACAAAACCUAUAAUGUUUUCAAUUUUUUGCCAAGCAUCAAAAUAUAUUUUUGAGCAUACAUUUCCCAUCCAAUAUGAAACGCAGCCACUUUUCAAUUAAGAAGAAGUCAAAAAAAUUAAGUUUCAUUUUUGUUUUAUUGUUAUAUUUUUUAAGAUAUUAAAAAAGUUAGGGAAUUAUAUUGAUAAUUGUAAGUUUUAUUUUUUUUGUUUAUAAAAUUAUAUUCAUCACACAUUAAAUAAGUAAAUAAAAAUCUAUUUUAAUUGUUAAGUAAACUAUUAUAACAUAUAAUUUUACUAUUUACACAAAACUCUAUAUUAAAAUAAAUAUAUAUAUUUUAUAAUAUCUAGAUAA